AAAUGAGCAGGAAGACGCGUUCAUGGUAAACCGUGUAGUCGUGUACGAUAACCUGUCUGAAAUUUACUUCCAAGAAAACUCUUGAUCAUUUAUGCAUCGACCAAUGCACGCACAGAUAGAAAGAGUAUAUUCGGUCAAACCAACAAGAAUGAAAAGAAUCAAACACACGGAGUAAUAACUUAGGGGCGGGGAGAGAGAGAGAGAGAGAGAGAGAGAGAGAGAGAUCGGGAAAAUGCACUCAUCUAGCAUCAGAGAGGCCUGCCUUACUCGCUGCUGUCCAACUCCUAUUCGUAGCCUUCUUGAUUCACAAACUCCCACUCCCAAAUCUACAGGCAGCAGCUCUGCAUAUCACAGCUUUGUAGAGGCCACAGCUUUGUCCCUUUACCCAAAUACCCCAUUUACCAACCAUGAGUCCCUCCCUACAUUGCACGAAUCAUUUUUUAACUUCGCAAGAACAUACCCACAAUACCAUCAGACUGAUCGGGCUGAUCAAAUCAGAGGCCAAGAAUAUUACCACCUCACCAUCUACAAUCGUGUAUGCCUCGAUUAUGUUGGCCACGGUCUCUUCUCACAUGCUCAGCAGCGGAGUCACUCUCCAGAAGCUCCAGUUGCUGUUUCAUCAUCAUCUCCUCUUCCAUCCCCACACUUUCAUGAAGUGCCCUUCUUUGAUAUAUCCUACAAGUCAGUAAACUUGAAUUCCCAAAUAAUCUACGGUGACCAAGAAUCAGAACUGGAAACCAAGAUCCGAUUGAGAAUCAUGGCCUUCAUGAAUAUCUCUCAAGUUGAUUACAACCUGGUACUCACUGCCAACCAGUCAUCUGCUUUCAAAAUUCUAGCAGAUUGUUAUCCUUUUCAGAAUAACCGAAAUCUUCUUACGGUUUAUGAUUACCAGAGCGAAGCAGUGGAAAUGAUGACUAAAAGCUCCAAAAAUAGAGGAGCACAAGUCAUGUCAGCUGAGUUCUCAUGGCCCAACCUGAGCAUCCAAUCUGGAAAAUUGAGAAAGAUGCUAAAGACUAAAAGGAAGAAUAGGAGGAGGGGACUGUUUGCUUUUCCCCUUCAGUCAAGGAUGACUGGAUCACGCUACUCAUAUCAGUGGAUGAGCAUUGCACAAGAAAAUGGAUGGCAUGUCUUGCUUGAUGCAUGUGCGUUGGGGCCGAAGGAUAUGGACACCUUAGGCCUCUCCCUUUUUAAGCCUGACUUUCUCAUUUGCUCCUUUUACAAAGUUUUUGGGGAAAACCCAUCUGGGUUCGGUUGCUUAUUUAUCAAGAAAUCCAGUGCUUCAGUGCUAAAGGAUUCAGGCAAUGUUACAAGAAUAGGAGUUGUGGGACUUGUUCAAGCAUCAAGGACACCUGAAUUCACUGGAGAUCAGGCAAUUACAGAGAUGGAAAUUGAUCAAAAAAUGAGGUCCGAAUCGUGGAACGAUGACUUAGUUGUACCACACUCGAUCUCUGUUCCAUUAUGUGUUCAGCAGGAAAGUCGUGAAACUUCUAAAUCGUACGAAACUGAAGGAGUCUCUCUAAAGCAGAAGGCAGUAUUACUCUCUGAAAUAGUGGAACUAGAGACACCCAUUGAAUCUGCUGGAUCAAAAUACAAAGAAGGCAGUGUAAAUGGGAGCUCAGAUAUUGAAUGUAGAGGCUUGGAUCAUGCUGAUUCACUGGGCCUUAUCCUAAUCAGUAGCAGACAUAGGUACCUGAUCAAUUGGUUGGUAAAUGCAUUGAUGAGUCUCCAACAUCCACAUUCAGAAAAUGGGCAUCCUUUGGUCAGAAUCUAUGGACCAAAGGUUAGUUUUAACCGAGGACCUGCCGUGGCAUUCAAUGUGUUUGACUGGAAAGGAGAACAGAUUGAUCCCACCCUUGUACAGAAGCUCGCUGACCGAAACAAUAUUUCACUAAGUUAUGGGUUUUUGCAGCAGGUCUGGUUAUCAGACAAGCAUGAAGAAGAGAGGGCGAAAGCAUUACAGACAAGAAGAAUUGAACCUGAAGGAAGGGUCUUAAAUAAGAAGCCUGACAAAUAUCAUCCUCAAACAGUACCAGUGGUCACGGCAGCACUUGGUUUGUUCACAAACUUCGAAGACAUAUACAGGCUUUGGGCAUUUGUUUCGCAGUUCUUGGAUGCAGACUUUGUGGAGAAAGAGAGAUGGAGAUACACGGCUCUUAAUCAAGAGAGAUUCGAAGUUUGAAGGUUUCGUUCUUUCACAUAGUGCAAAUUAUUUAAUUCUUGUGUACUAGAGAAAUGUCGGCAUAUAUAAAGUCGCACUGGAGUGGCACUGCCAUAACUUUGGGGUCAUUUCUCAAAAAUUUCAAUCCAGAGUCACAUAGUGCAAGAAUUAUGUUGGCUAUACAUUCCUAGUUUGAUAAGAACAACACUACAAUCGACGUGUAAAGCACGAAGUAUUGACGAGUUUCCUCAUAAACUCACACCAAUAGGGAAAGAAGGCAUAACUGCGUACCAAUCCUGAAGGAAAGUCAUCUUAAGAGAUCAGUAGGAGAUUAGGAGUGUUGCAGAUAAAAAACAAAUGCACUUGAUUUCUCUCAUCUGGCAUCUAGUUGCAAAAUGGUCCUAUCAACGAUUUCUCACAAAAUUAUUCAUCCAAUGUUAUAUUU